UCAUAUGGGUGGACUUUAAACAAGGAAUGCUGGUCUGUAGGUUUAUCCUAAUGAUUUAUAUAGCUAAAAUGUGUAACAGCGCGUAUGUAUAUUUGCUCGGCCCUGCCUUAAAGCAUCUUUAUCCACUGAGGGAAAAAAAGAUUCCGUUGUAAAACUUUUCAGUGCUGACGGGAGAAAGGGAGAGAAUUGACGCGAUGGGUGAGGACGAUAAAACAGAGUGAAUAACUUUUCAUGAGGCCCUUCGUCGUCAAGGAGGACCAGCAUGAUUACAUAGAUACCAUCUUUAUUGGUUUAAGGGGAAAGAGACAAAAGUUUUGGCCGAAGUAUGGCGCGAGAGACCGGAGAAACGAAAAGUAACGUUACCAAAGUGAAAAAGCAUAAAAGAAGGAAAAGCAAAAAGGAGAGCAAAACAAGGAUUGUGCACGCCAACAUUUUAUAUGACCAUACUAAAGGAGGGGAUAACCCCAACAAACACUAUGCGAACAAUAAGAUCAAAACCACAAAAUACACUCUGCUUUCUUUCCUUCCGAAGAACCUCUUCGAGCAAUUCCACCGAUUUGCCAACGUGUAUUUUGUUUUCAUAGCCUUACUGAAUUUCGUGCCUGUGGUCAAUGCUUUUCAACCAGAGUUGGCUCUUGCCCCUGUGGUUUUUAUUUUGUCCGUUACCGCUAUAAAGGAUUUAUGGGAGGAUUACAGACGACACCGCUCGGAUAAAGAAAUCAAUCAUAUGGACUGUCUCGUUUACAGCAGGAGUGAGAAACGGUAUGUGGAGAAAUACUGGAAAGAGGUGCGGGUCGGAGACUUCAUUCGUCUGCGCUGCAAUGAGAUUUUGCCAGCGGAUGUUUUGUUGCUCAGCAGCAGCGACCCGGACCGCCUGUGUCACAUUGAGACAGCCACACUGGAUGGCGAAACCAACCUCAAGCAGAGGCAGGUGGUGCGCAGCUUUAUCGACCUGGACUGUGAGUUUGACCCAUUCAAAUACAACAGUGUUAUUGAAUGCGAGAAGCCUAACAAUGACCUCAAUAGAUUUCGUGGAUACAUAAUUCAUCGCAGUGGUAGGAGAGACGGCCUGUACAAAGACAAUCUGCUGCUCAGGGGCUGCACCAUCCGCAACACAGAGGAGGCUGUAGGAAUCGUCAUCUAUGCAGGUCAUGAGACAAAAGCAAUGCUGAACAACAAUGGCCCUCGUUAUAAACGCAGCAAACUGGAGCGUCAGAUGAAUGUAGACGUGUUCUGGUGUGUCGUCAUCCUCCUGGUCAUGUGCCUCUUUUCUGCCAUUGGACAUGGCCUGUGGAUGUUUCAGUAUGGAGAUAAGAGGCCUGUCUUUGACGUCCUGAGCCCAGAAGGAACAGACUUAUCUCCAGUGGUCUCAGCCAUUUAUCUCUUCCUGACCAUGAUUAUGGUAUUCCAGGUGCUGAUCCCAAUCUCGCUCUUUGUUUCCAUUGAAAUAGUGAAGAUAUGCCAGGUGUACUUCAUCCAUCAGGACAUGGAGCUGUACGAUGAGGAAACAGACUCUCACCUCCAGUGCAGGGCUCUGAACAUCACAGAAGACCUGGGCCAGAUGCAAUACAUUUUCUCUGAUAAGACCGGCACACUCACAGAAAACAAGAUGGUGUUUCGCCGUUGUACUGUGGCAGGAGUCGAGUACUCGCAUGAUGCCAAUGCAAGGAGGCUUGCAAUGUACCAGGAAAUGGAUUCAGAGGAGGAGGACUGUACAUCUCAUGGUGGAACUCUCCCACGGCGGGACAGCAUCACCAGUCACCAGAGUGGAAAAGUGGUGUUGAGGUCACAGAGCACCAAAUCUCACCGUCGCACCGGGAGCAGAGCCGAAGCCAAACGGGCGAGCAUUCUGUCCAAACACACUGCCUUCAGCAGUCCCAUGGAAAAGGACAUUACUCCAGAUCCCCAGCUCAUGGAUAAAGUCAAUGAGUGUAGUAGUCAGAUGGAGUUCAUGCGUUUUCACAGUCGGCCCCUGAACCAGAUUCCCCCUGACCUGUGUGACAUCUUUGACUUUUUCAUCGCCCUCACUAUCUGCAACACUGUGGUUGUUUCAUCACCCAACCAACCCCGACAGAAGGUCCGUCGCUACGAGUUAAAGUCUCCAGUGAAGACCAUCGAGGACUUCAUCAAGCGCUUCACUCCGAGCCGUCUGACCUCUGGCUCCAACAGCAGCAGCUCCUCCAGUCUGGCCACCAACCGUUCGUCCUCCCAUAAAUUGGGCUGCAGCAUGCUGUCCUCCCCCUCGGCCGAGAGCACGCUUACCAAGCUGAACGAGGAGAAGCGUCCAGAGCAUGACCUUCAGCAUGCAUUCAGCCCCGUCCCACCCAACUUUGAAAAAACUAAAGCUUUGGCUCAAGAUGAAUGCGAGCUCAGAUAUGAAGCAGAGUCACCGGAUGAGGCAGCACUGGUUUAUGCAGCACGGGCCUAUAAGUGUGCUCUUGUCGGUCGUUUACCGGAUCAGGUGACCGUGGAGCUUCCACACUUGGGCAAGCUGAGUUUCGAGCUUCUGCACACACUGGGCUUUGAUUCCACAAGAAAGAGGAUGUCGGUGGUGGUAAAACACCCGCUAACAGAGCAAAUCACAGUGUACUCUAAGGGUGCUGAUUCUGUCAUCAUGGAUUUGAUCAGACCAACCACAGAUGAUUGCAAAGGAAAGCGACAAAGGAAAAUCUUGUAUAAAACUCAAAACUACUUAAAUCUUUAUGCUGCAGACGGUCUCCGAACACUCUGUAUUGCCAAAAAGGUUCUCAGUAAGGAGGAGUAUGCAAGUUGGCUACAACAUCACCUGGAAGCAGAGACAGCCAUACAGAGGAGGGAGGAGCUGCUAUUCGAGUCUGCAUUACGACUAGAGACCAAUCUCCAACUUCUGGGAGCAACAGGUAUUGAGGACAGACUUCAGGAUGGGGUUCCCGAGACCAUCACCUCUCUGAGAAAAGCAGGCCUUCAGAUCUGGGUACUGACAGGAGAUAAACAAGAGACUGCCAUCAACAUUGCGUACGCCUGCAAACUGCUGGACCCAGAGGAGGAGAUAAUCACUCUUAAUGCUGACUCACAGGAGGCCUGUGCUGCAUUGCUCGAGAACAGUCUGCACUACAUCCAGGCCAAGUUCCUUUGCAACCCUCGACCAGAUCCUCAAGCAGCUAGAGAUUAUACUGCCAUUCACUUCUCUUCUCCGGUGUGUUCCCCGGCCUCCUCUGGCCAUUCCAGCCCCUUCCUGGUGCAGCGGCUAGGGCUGGUGAUCGACGGCCGGACCUUGGCCUACGCACUGGACAAGAGUUUGGAGGACAAGUUCCUUGCUGUGGCUCGAAGUUGCAGGUCCGUUCUAUGCUGUCGCUCGACGCCCCUGCAGAAGAGCAUGGUGGUCAAGUUAGUCCGUAACAAGCUCAAGGUCAUGACGUUGGCAAUAGGUGACGGAGCUAAUGAUGUUAGUAUGAUCCAAGUGGCUGAUGUAGGGGUGGGAAUCUCCGGACAGGAGGGCAUGCAGGCUGUAAUGGCAAGUGACUUUGCCCUGCCACGAUUUCGAUACCUGCAGAAGCUACUCUUGGUUCACGGCCAUUGGUGUUACUCCCGUCUCGCCAACAUGAUCCUCUACUUCUUCUACAAAAACGCUAUGUUUGUUGCCCUCGUCUUCUGGUAUCAGUUCUACUGUGGGUUCUCUGGGUCAGCCAUGGUUGAUCAGUGGUACCUGAUCUUCUUCAACAUGAUGUUCUCCGCAUUCCCUCAGCUCAUCACCGGCACCCUGGACAAAGACGUGUCAGCAGAAACCCUGCAGGAGUUGCCGCAGCUCUACAUGAAUGGGCAAAACUCAGAGGAAUAUAAACCCUACAUGUUCUGGAUGAACAUGAUUGAUGCCUUCUACCAAAGCCUCAUCUGUUUCUUCAUCCCUUACUUUGCUUACGUUGACUCUGAUGUGGAUUUGUUUACAUGGGGCACUCCCAUCACCACCUUGGCACUCUUCACCAUUUUGCUACAUUUGGGCAUCGAAACGAAAACCUGGACAUGGAUGAACUGGGUGUCGAUUGGCUUCAGUAUAGCUCUCUUCUUUACUGUGGCACUGUGCUACAAUGCUUCCUGCCCAACCUGUUUCUCUCCAUCCAACACUUAUUGGACCAUGCAGAGGCUGCUGGGAGAUCCUAUAUUUUACCUGCUGUGUGUUGUCACACCUAUUGCUGCUCUUCUUCCCAGAUACUUUUAUAGAGCUUGUCAGGGAACUCUAUUUCCAAACCCGGUCCAAGUGGGAAGACAAAUGGACAAACUGCCAGUGGACAUGCGCAGGAUCUUCCUGAGUCAGAGCCAGAUGAAGCUGGGCUCCAUCGGGUCACUGUUUGCCCCCCGUGCCCCAUUCUCCCCUCUCUGCAGGCCUUUCCAGAAAGAUUACAGGCCCAGAGUAAAACAAACCCACAUGAGUGGCACCAAACAGAAGGAUAAAGCUAUAGCCAACCCCAUCCCAUCAAAGAGCAUGGAGAUGUGGGACACACCUUUAAGCUCAAAAAACUCUGACAACCAUGUCACACUCAACUUCAGAAUGCAGGAAGAAGUUCAGUCCUCCAGACAGGGCUCAGACAGCCCCCUAUCUGUGAACUUACACUGCAUGAAGGAACCUUUGAGUCCCAUUACAGGCACUCUGCCGUACACCAAAGACACUCCUAGCUCCAGGACUAUUUUGGAUAGCACAGACUUGGAGGCCCCGCUGAGUCCAACCAACCUCGGUCAGGUCGAGUUGCUCACCUCCACUCCAUUGCUUCCUCAGACCGAGACUAUGCAGCCCAUGUCGCCUCACGAAAGUUGUUUUUUGGGACAAAAGAGGGAUGACGAGGACCAUUCUAACCAGAAGUCCCUACUGAAACAGGCCGGGGAUGUGGAUCACACCCAGUCUACUAGCUGCCUACAGAAACAUUCACUCAAAACAACAUUUCUAUGAUGCUUUCUACCUGUUACGCUGAUUCAAAUUUGCACGUUAGCUUUAAGAAGUAUUAUAUAUUCAUGAUUAUUUUAUGAAGAUAUAGGUUGGUACUACACAUAUAUAUAUAUAUUAUAUAUUUUUUAGAUGUAUGAAGUUUAGAAUACUUUUUGUUUUGUUUUGUUUUUUUUGUUUGUUUUUUUUAGAAAGAGUGGCCAGCAUAUGAAAACUGGAUGGUCUUUUUUGACUUUCAAAAAAACAAAUUUAAUCCAUCUCAAAAGUGGAGGUUUGUUUCUCGAAGGCAGCAGCAGUCCAGAGACAUUCCUUUAUCUGUUUAUUUGAACCUGGAUGUUCUGGUGCACUUUGAAGAACCUUCCUCUCCUACAUUUAGACACUGCAGAUAGCACUACAUUUGUAUUUCCCCAUCCCAGUACUAAAAAAAAACCAUGGUACCCUUCAAUGUCAGUAGGUACAGAAAUUUCAGUAACACUUUACGAAAAGUGUACAAGAGAAGUCCUGAUCUAAUACUUUGUUUUGAAUAAAGGCAUGAACUAAUCAAGAACUAAUAGUGUGUGACAGGAGUCGUAACAGCCUUAACAUCAUGUUAGUAGAUAUUUGGUGUACUUUUAGUUAAUAUAUUAGCACUAAAUCAAAUAAUUUCUAUUACAACAAUGUGGAGUAGCAAACCCUACUCUGACUUUAAUUAAACAUGCAUGAAUAAUCUUUGCUUCACAUUCACAUCUGAUUUUUUUGUUGAGAACAUUAUUGGAUAAUCAUUAAAAUGAAUAAUGCCAUUUAAAAUCUAAUUAGGUUUUAUUUGAUUUGAUAAUUAAAUUUUUCAUACAGCCAAUCUAAUGCAUUAACUAUCGAUCUUAUUCAAACAUGUUGUUAAAGUGUCCAUUAUUCACAUGACUUUCUGAUUCGUCAUGCUAACGCUUAAUUAGUUCUUGAUUAGUCUGUGAGUUCAUUCACUAUUUGUUCAAUUAUUAAAACAUGAUUUAUGUACCUUAUUUGUAAAGUGCUAGUGAAAUUCCUUAAAUGUGCUUUUUAAGUGUUCCAUCCCCUGACGCCUUUAAUUAGUGCUGAGCAAGAGAUGCACUAAUUGUUGAUUUUAAGUUUUUGCUGUUCGAAGGCUUAUGCAUAACACUUUUAUUCUCUAGCAUUCCAUUAUUGAAGCUCUUAGAUAUCUUCCAGACUUUAAGAUGUCUCACACGAACGUCAUUAUGGAUUUAAUAGUCAAACAUUAUCGUGAGAAAUAGGGCUUUCUUGCUUUUCAUGCAUAUACAGAUGGUGUGGGUUCCAGCUCAAGUAUAUGCUUGUCUCUUUCUUCAUUUUUUGCUGCUGCCUUUGUUUCUACACGCAUUCCUGCAGGAUAGGAUUUCACUAUUCAUUCAGUCAUUGUGCAGAGGGCUUUAGGAAAUAAAGGCCGAUACAUUAAGCUACUUGGUGUUUGUUUGGACGUGGUCUUAGAAGAUUUGAUUCAGUACAUGUGCAAACAGAAAAAUGUGCUGAUAUGCCACUUUACUCCAUUUUCUUUAGGCGUUUUUAUGGCCUGAUCUGUUGUGAUAUAAGCUUUUUCUGUCACUUGCUAUGAUUGUAUUUUUCUGCUGUUUAUUCUAUAAAUGAUCCUUGACCAAA